AUCUUAUUACAAUUUCAAAAUCGAUGCCACCGAUCUCUGCCACUUGAUAAAAUUUUCCUCAUAAAUUCAAAUCUUUAUUUUUUUUCAAGAUCCGAUAGAAGAACCCGACCUGGUGAUCCGAAAUGGCGGCGUAUAGAGCAGAUGACGACUACGACUAUUUGUUCAAGCUAGUAUUGAUCGGAGAUUCGGGGGUUGGGAAAUCGAACUUGUUGUCGAGAUUCACGAAAAACGAGUUUAAUCUGGAGUCAAAAUCCACAAUCGGAGUAGAAUUUGCUACCCGAAGUAUUCGGGUCGAUGAUAAGGUCGUUAAGGCCCAGAUUUGGGACACCGCUGGACAAGAAAGAUACCGGGCGAUUACAAGUGCGUACUACCGAGGAGCUGUUGGUGCAUUGCUUGUCUAUGAUGUCACUCGACACAUCACAUUUGAGAAUGUCGAGAGAUGGUUGAAGGAACUACGGGAUCACACGGACUCCAAUAUCGUGAUUAUGCUCGUUGGUAACAAGGCAGACCUACGACACUUGCGUGCCGUUUCCACCGAGGAAGCUAAGGCCUUCGCCGAGAGAGAGAAAACCUACUUUAUGGAGACAUCUGCCCUCGAGUCCCUGAAUGUAGAGAAUGCAUUCACUGAAGUACUAACUCAAAUAUACCAUGUGGUAAGUCGAAAAGCACUCGAAGUAGGGGAUGAUCCUGCAGCAUUGCCAAAGGGACAAACCAUCAAUGUCGGCAAGGACGAUGUUUCAGCCCUCAAGAAAAUCGGCUGCUGUUCUGCUUAACUGUCAGAUGAUUUUGAGUGUCGAAGUUCCCCCCUCAAAAUUUUUAUCUCAUUAAGCCCCCCCCCCCCCCAAAAAAAAAAAAAAAGAAAAGAAAAUCCUUACUAGGUUUGAUAUCAGUUCCUUUUUCAUGGUUCUUUUAGGGUAUCUUAUUUCCUCAUGCAAUCUUGCAGUUCAUAGUUCUGAUGUUGUAUUUGAUCACUUUAGAAUAGUUUGAUCAGACAAGGUUUAGUUUUGUACUUUAAAAUAAUUUUCAUUUGUCAUGGAUGAUAAAAUUUGAAUUACCUAAUUAUUAUUUAUCUAUUUUUCCCC